AUGGGGCAAGUCGUGAGCUGCUGCUUUGGGACACCGGACUUGGAGGAAACUCUGCAACAUCCCAGAGAGAAGGUCGGAUGCCUCUACGACGAACGAGCGUCGCAAACAGUCUUGUGUGAGUCGUUGCUCCCCGCCGCCGCACUGGUCGUACAACGCAGCGAUGCCUGCACUGCAACUUCUGAAGAAUACAGCCCUUUUCCUGCGUCCAUUCGCGUGGAUAUUGAACGCAUGGACUCUGCCGAUGGAUGCGAAGGUUGCCGUGACAUCAUCUCGGUCAACGACCAUGUCUCUAUCGAAUGCCACCCAUGUGUCGAGGACGAAGAACUAGUACCAGAGACGGAGGCUCCGCCCAAGCUCGCGACCCAGCGAUCACGAAGUACGUCCGAUAUGCUCACGGACACUUCUCUGCUGAGGCCUUUGUGGGGACGAUCCACGUGCAACCGGAACUUGCUCGACGUCGACAAAGACCCCACCACGACAUCGUUGACAGUGGACGACGUUCGGAUCAACUGGUUUGCCGUGACGGUGCAGCACUUCACGCCCCACCUCACUGGCAGCGUCUACGAUUUCUGCGUGACCGUGUAUGGCCAUCCCACGCCUCUUCUGGUCAGUCACACGCGCCACGCCUGCAAAGCGUUUUACGCCAAGCUGCAGAAGCUCCGCCGCCACCACAUCACGAAGAAGCUCCUGCCUCCGUUUCCUCCAAAGGCUGGCCUUGGCCUCAUCAAGACGUCCACGAUUGACGCGAACUCGUGCUCGUUCAUGCAAGAUUUCCUGAACCAUCUUCUUGCGAUUCCAGACGUUCGGAAUGCCGCCGUCACCCUCGCCUUCUUCCACGUCGCCGAUCCGUUCGUUGCCCGCGCCAGUUGAACCAUUCCAGGCAAAAUUGUUGCGUUCGUUGCCUCGAUUAAUAUUUCUAUCGGACACAAUCCAUGUUGCAGAAUCGACAUCAUUCUAGCGCCGACAUGACGGCGGUGGCCGUCGCCCUCGAGC